AUGACCUUGCCUACUCUCCCCCGGUGGCGCUCUAACGAGGAUCUUAUAGAGGAGGGAGAUCCGUUAGAAGACAGGCAGUUACUGGAUCAGCUUCCAACGAGGAUAGAGGAGAUUAAAGCGCGUUUGGAGAGUGGAGAGGGUUUGGAGGAAGAGGUGCCUAGGGUUGGAGCAGGGGAGAGGAGGCGGCAAGGGGAUUUGGGGAAGUGGCAGGGAGGGAGAGGAGGUAGAGGGAACCGGGGGCAAGGACGGGGUGAAUGGGUGAGUGCUGAGGCGAAGGGUGGGCAGUUGUUGGGGCAGGAGAAGGGGCGAAGCAGUGAUAGGGAGAAGAAGAGGAAAGAGGGGAGCAUGGGAGACAGGGAGAAGGGAGAGGGAGACCGGGAGGAGCAGCAGAGUAUGAGUGGUGGGUGUAACAGCGCUGCUGCUGCGGAGGAAAUUGGCAGUGGGGCAGGUCAAAUUGGUGGUUUGAACAAUGAAAGCAGUGAGAGGGAGGCGUUAUCUGGGGAAGGUGGUCUGGUAACCUAUGGGUUGCAUCUGAGGAGGGCACUGGAAGGGGAAGAGGAAGCAGAAGGGGAUGUGACUGUAGCGGAUGAGAUAAUGGAGGGGGGAUUGGGAGACUUGGGAGGGAGGGGGAGGAGCCUUGGAGCUGGUAGCAGCAGCACGGACCUUCCUUCUGUUGCUGUUGCUGAUGCUGGUGCCGCCACCGCCACUGCUGCUGCUGGUGUUGUUGGUGGUGGUGCUGCUGGUGGUGGUGACGGUGGUGCUGUUGGUGCUACUGCUGCUGCUGUUGAAGCAGCUGAAAGAGAAGGGGUAUUUGAGAGGAUUCAUGCACCACCACAGGCACUGGCAGGGCCAUUCUUAGCGGCAGCAACAGAAGGGAGAGGUAGAGGGAAGCAGGUGGGAGGGCAACGGAUAAGAGUUCUACAGGGGGAUGAUUGUGGUGAUGUUGGGGAUGGUGGUGAUGGCGGUGAUGCUGCAGGCGGUGAUGCUGCAGGCGGUAAUGUUUCUGCUGCACGAGUGAUGCGUGAGGUGAAGGGGGAGGCAGGAGCUGAAUCGAGCAUCAAGUCUGGAGGAAUGGGAGCAGCUGCAGCUUCCUCUGCUGCUGCAGGCUCGCACGCUAAGUCCGCUGCUGCUGCUUCUGCUGCCGCUGCUGGUGCUGCUACUGCAGCUGCUUCUGUUGCCGCUGCUGCAGCUGCUUCUGCUGCUGCUGCUGGUGCUGCUACUUGUUCUGCGUCUGGAUCUGCCUCUGCGGCUUGUUUCAGGGCAGAUGUGGGAGUGGGGGAGGUGGCGGUGACGAGUGGAGGUGGGGAGUCUGGGCUUUGGACCGAUUUACUCAAGAAAGGGCUGACUCGGCUGUUGGAAGCCCAGAACGCCCCCAGUGAUGAUGACGAUGAUGACUCCGCAGCAGGGAGAGGGGCAGAUGGGCAAGGAGCGAGUUUCCAGCCGCCAGGGGUGCAAGCUGCUGCUGCAGCAGCAGGAGGGGGGGGAUCGGAUUCAGAUAGCCUAAGCAAGUUCUUUUCCGCCUCGGACCCCAUAUUCAUUUGUAAGAACCUCACUAUAGUCGACUGCAACGACAGCGCCGCCCGGAUCCUCCGCGUCGCCCAGAACGAGCGCAGCACCCGCAUCUUCGGCCAAUCACCCGUCGUCUUCUCGCCCCCAGUGCAACCAGAGGGGAUUCUUUCGGCAGUAGCAAGCGAGCAGCGCUGGUUAGACAUCGCCACGAGCAACGGCCGCCCGUUCCGGUUCCCCUGGGUGCACAUGUCAAUCGACGGUCAGAUGUUUCUCGUGGAGGUGAUGGCGAUGGUGCUAGUGGACGGCCCAGAUACGUUCCACAUCACCAUGUGGAAACAAUACCUCAACUCCUCGUCUCUUACCCGCGAGCUGAGGCUCGCCGCCCGCGCGAAACGGGCAGCCGAGAGGUCGCGAGUUCAAUUCCUGGCGAACAUGAGUCAUGAGCUGAGGACGCCGAUUAACGGCGUGCUGGGGUAUGCACAGCUGAUGAUGCAGACCCAAUUGGAUCCGGAGCAACAGUCUUACCUGCAGAGCAUCUACGAGUCGGGAGAAGUGCUGCUGGGAACGGUCUCUCAGGUGUUGGAGAUGAGUCAAUUGCAGAAGCGAGAGGUGGUGCCAAGGCGGGUACGGUUUGAUCUGCACAGGGCCAUUGGGGAGGCGGCUGGCAGCAUGCGACCUCUGGCGCACAGGAAAGGGCUGCAGGUGGGUGCUGCUGGGUGCAGGCUGGGUAAAAGGGAGGUGUUGCCAAGGCUGGGUAAAAGGGAGGUGUUGCCAAGGCUGGGUAAAAGGGAGGUGGUGCCAAGGCUGGGUAAAAGGGAGGUGUUGCCAAGGCUGGGUAAAAGGGAGGUGUUGCCAAGGCUGGGUAAAAGGGAGGUGUUGCCAAGGCUGGGUAAAAGGGAGGUGUUGCCAAGGCUGGGUAAAAGGGAGGUGUUGCCAAGGCUGGGUAAAAGGGAGGUGUUGCCAAGGCUGGGUAAAAGGGAGGUGUUGCCAAGGCUGGGUAAAAGGGAGGUGUUGCCAAGGCUGGGUAAAAGGGAGGUGUUGCCAAGGCUGGGUAAAAGGGAGGUGUUGCCAAGGCUGGGUAAAAGGGAGGUGUUGCCAAGGCUGGGUAAAAGGGAGGUGUUGCCAAGGCUGGGUAAAAGGGAGGUGUUGCCAAGGCUGGGUAAAAGGGAGGUGUUGCCAAGGCUGGGUAAAAGGGAGGUGUUGCCAAGGCUGGGUAAAAGGGAGGUGUUGCCAAGGCUGGGUAAAAGGGAGGUGUUGCCAAGGCUGGGUAAAAGGGAGGUGUUGCCAAGGCUGGGUAAAAGGGAGGUGUUGCCAAGGCUGGGUAAAAGGGAGGUGUUGCCAAGGCUGGGUAAAAGGGAGGUGUUGCCAAGGCUGGGUAAAAGGGAGGUGUUGCCAAGGCUGGGUAAAAGGGAGGUGUUGCCAAGGCUGGGUAAAAGGGAGGUGUUGCCAAGGCUGGGUAAAAGGGAGGUGUUGCCAAGGCUGGGUAAAAGGGAGGUGUUGCCAAGGCUGGGUAAAAGGGAGGUGUUGCCAAGGCUGGGUAAAAGGGAGGUGUUGCCAAGGCUGGGUAAAAGGGAGGUGGUGCCAAGGCUGGGUAAAAGGGAGGUGUUGCCAAGGCUGGGUAAAAGGGAGGUGGUGCCAAGGCUGGGUAAAAGGGAGGUGUUGCCAAGGCUGGGUAAAAGGGAGGUGUUGCCAAGGCUGGGUAAAAGGGAGGUGUUGCCAAGGCUGGGUAAAAGGGAGGUGUUGCCAAGGCUGGGUAAAAGGGAGGUGUUGCCAAGGCUGGGUAAAAGGGAGGUGGUGCCAAGGCUGGGUAAAAGGGAGGUGUUGCCAAGGCUGGGUAAAAGGGAGGUGUUGCCAAGGCUGGGUAAAAGGGAGGUGUUGCCAAGGCUGGGUAAAAGGGAGGUGUUGCCAAGGCUGGGUAAACGGGAGGUGUUGCCAAGGCUGGUGCGGUUUGAUCUGCACAGGGCCAUUGGGGAGGCGACUGGGAGCAUGCGGCCUCUGGCGCACAGGAAGGGGUUGCAGGUGGGUGCUGAUGGGUGCUGCUCAGUGCUGGUGGGUGCAGGUUCGGAUCAGCAUGGACAGGGCAGUGCCGCACGCAGUCCUGGGGGACCCAUCCAUGCUGCGCCAGCUGCUGCUGCACCUGCUCCCCUCCUUGUAAUGCAAAUGUUCGGGAUAAGCAUGGACAGGGCAGUACCCCACGCAGUGCUGGGGGAUCCAUCCAUGCUCUAUCUUGCCAUCCGCCCCAUGCCUCUUCUCCCGUGCACCCCCCUCUCGCUUCCUCCCUCUUCCCCCGUACAUCCUCCCCCAUCCCAGUUCGGGAUCAGCAUGGACAGGGCGGUGCCGCACGCAGUCCUGGGGGACCCAUCCAUGCUGCGCCAGCUGCUCCUUGCAUGUCCCUGUCCUCGCUUUCCUCAUCCAUCCCUUCGCCAUCCCCCCCUUUUCCCCUCCCAGUUCGGGAUCAGCAUGGACAGGGCAGUGCCCCACGCAGUGCUGGGGGACCCAUCCAUGCUGCGCCAGCUGCUGCUGCACCUGCUCUCCAACGCCCUCAAGUUCACCCACCAAGGCACCGUGCAGCUCACUGUUCGCGUGCUGGCCCCUCCUGGCGCUGCUGCUGCUGCUGCUGGUGCCGCUGGUGCUGCUGGUACUGCUGGUUCUGGUGGGGGAGCGGGGGCGGGAGGGAAGCAGAGGGGUGUGGGUCGGCGGGUGUCUCAGGUUAUGGGCAAGGCAGGGGACGCGUUGCAAGGGGGGCUAGCGGGGCGAGAGCAGCAAGAGCAGGAGAAGCAGCAGGUAGGGCAGGUGCAAGGGGAUAUGGAGUGCCAUUCAACUGCGGACACUCGGGUUCUGUGGGGGAGUAGUGAAGAGGGAACAAGUAGGAGGGAGGGAGGGGCUGUUGAGGCAUGUGAAACUAUGAUGACUGCUUCAGAAGGCGAGUUGCUGCCGGUUGCUGCAGAGAGGAAGAGAAAAGAGAGGGAGAGGGAAGUGAGGGAGAGGGAAGAGAGGGAGAGGGAGGAGAAGGAGCGGGCGGAAAGGGAGGGGAAAGCGCGGGAGGGGGAAGCAAACGAGGGAGAAGAGGCAGAGAAAGACGGACCCGGGACAGAGUUCAAAGAAUCAAAUCAGAUCACAAGGCUUUCUUUCGAGGUGGUGGAUACAGGAGUGGGAGUGCCGCCCAACAUGCUCCAUCAAAUCUUCAAGCCCUUCGUGCAAGUGGACGACUCCGCCGCCCGGGAGUAUCAGGGCCUUGGGCUGGGAUUGGCUAUUGCGCAAUCGCUUGUGCGGCUUCUGGGCGGCGAGGGGAUACAUAUUGAGAGUGAACCGGAUAAGGGGUCUUGUUUCGCGUUUACCCUUCCUUUUGAGGUGUGGAAAGGGGAGGCGAGGGGUGGAAGGGAGAAGAGGAGGAGAAGGGAGGGUGAGAUUGUGGGAGGGGAGAGAGGGGAGGUGGAGGGAGAGGGAGGAUCGGGGAGAGAGGUUCUCGAAGGGGGGUUCGGGGAUAGAGGCCGAGGGAGGGGCAAGCGAGCAAGGAUAGUUGAGGAGAGAUUAGAUGUGGUGAGGAUGGGUGGGGAGAGGUUCCAGUCGUUUGAGGCUGAUACAGGGGAGAUUGGUAGGUUAGUAGCAGAGGGGGGUGAGCGUGGGGAGAGCAGUAGGGCAGGGGAAGAGGGAGAGGACGCGAGGAAGGGAGUUGCAGGGAGUGUGAAGCGGAAGCGAAGAGAGGAGGGUGGUGAUGAUGAGAUGGGGAUAAGACAGGAGCGUCAGGGGGAGGAGGUGGGUGGAGGAAUGUGGGGAGAGGUGCAGGGGGGGCGGUGGGGGGAGGAGCAGGGAGGGGAGUGGGGAGAAGAGGGAAGUGAUGAGAUGGAGGAGGAGAGAGGGAAGAACAGAGGGGAGGGGAGGGGGGAGAGUAGCAAUGUGUUGGCACGGAGAGAGGAGGCGAGGAGAAGGAAAUGGAGGGUGCAACACGACAGGGGUUUCUUCAGCGGGGCAAGGCGUGCCAAUAAGGGCCGUUUCGAAGAGCCUCAGAAGCAAGACCAGGGGUUUUCCAGUGGGGCUGGGCCGAGAGGGGAAGGGCGCUUUGCUGAAUCGAAUCCCUUGGGUGCCGCGUUGAUCCGAACCACCAGCCCUAUCAGUGCUGCUCUGCUCCGGUCCGACAUUCCUCUAGGCGCUCCUAUGGGCACGUCUAUAUGUGCUCCUAUGGAUGGUCCUGAGGGUGCUUCCUUGGGCGCUUCUCUGGGUGCUUCCCUGGGCGGUUCUCUGCGGGAUUUCGCCAGUGAGCCGCUCUCACGUGACCCUGCAGUGCAAGCCCAGGGGGAUGAUCCUGCACCUGUGAGUGCUGAUGCCCCUGAGGGGGACCGUACACCAGAGGGGUGUGAGGCUGCCGUUGAGAUGCUGCCCAUGCGUCGGCCAGGCUCGGGCGCGCUUGUGGAGCCUUCACAGCCGGUGAUGCCACAUCAACCUGGCUUGGGUGAGAACUGUCAGAGAACAUUCGUCUCUUCUCCUGCCAGCCUGGCAGCAGAUGGGGCCACUGCAGCUACAGCUGCGGCUGUAGCGGGUGCGUCCUCUCUCAGGGGUUCCCAAGGAGCAAAUGCAGCCACCAAAGGAAGAGCAGCUGUUGCAGUGGGAGCAGCAGCUGUGUUAACAGAAACCCAUAAUACACCUCAAGCAGCGGGUGCUGGGCGACUUGGCGUGGUGGUAGGCAGCAGCGAGGCAGUGAAUCGCAGUGUAUUACAGCCAGUGGCAGCGGCGGCAACAGCACCAACAGCAGCCGCCGUAGCAGGUGUAGCAGCUGUAGCACGCGGCAAUAAGGCAGGGCCGGCAGGCACGGCGGGUGCAGGCAAGACAGGCACGGGGCUCAAGUGCCUUGUGGUGGAUGACAAUGCAGUCAACCGCAGUGUUUUGCAGCGGCUGCUGCGGUCGCUCGGAGCAGAGCAGUUGGUGCUGGCCCGGAACGGCGCAGAGGCUGUCGCGGUGUGUGAGAAGGAUGGAGAGGGGUUGGAUGUGGUGUUUAUGGAUCUUCAUAUGCCGGUGAUGGAUGGGUUUGAGGCGUCGGCACGGAUUCUCGGGCUUUGGAGGAGUCGCCACGUUGAGUUGAGUGGCAUCCCUGUCAAUCUGAGUGAUUAG